UCAUGCUGCUGCCAGGUCCAGAGUCUCUCAUGGGUCCCUGUACGGCCUCCCAUUGCUGCUGUCUCCAUCGCCACACUCUGCCAUGUGCCACUUUCAGGUCUCCUCACACACUGCUGGGUUCCAUUUUGUCAUAGGGUGCUGGCAGAUUACGGGCCUCCCAUUGCUGCUGCCAGGCCUUAAUCUGCCAUGGGCCCCUGUACCGCCUCCUCAUGCUGCUGCCAGGUCCACAGUGUCUCAUGGGUCCCUGAACCGCCUCCCAUUGCUGCUGUCUCCAUCGCCACACUCUGCCAUGUGCCACUUUCAGGUCUCCUCACACUGCUGGUGUGUUACAUUUUUUGUC